AUGGAUGCGGUCUGCUGCUACAUUGAUGGUCAGCCCAAGACAUGGGAUAGGUUUUUGGGUCCACUGGCUGGGGCAUUGCGGUCGGCGGUGAAUCGCCACACCGGAUAUACGCCAAAUCGUCUAAUGCUGGGUAGGGAAGUUAACAUACCAGCAACCUUGAUGUUUUCCCCACCCCUUUCGGAAUCUUUUCAAAAUGGGGAGGAGGGUGAGGUUGACAGGUCGCACGACGUUAAGAUCCGUACCCACAAGUUCAAGGUCGGAGAUUUGGUGUAUUGGCGCCGCAAUGCGGGAAAGAAAGUCGAGUCUAUCUGGAAGGAUCCAGGUAUCAUAACCGAAGCCAAAUCCGACACAAUAUUUGUCGUCAAAUCUCGGCGCGAUGUCAAGGUCAUGCACCAUGACAAGCUUAAGAAGUGUGAGGCCAGGCAACUUCCCAAGUGGUUAGUUACUGAUCAGAGCAAGUUGCCCGGACAGUCAGUAGGCCGAGGUGGGAAUAGUUCCCUUGUGCGCGACGUGGUUAGACCGAUGGGAACUGCGGACUCAGGGUCAAGUCCUGGGGACCCGGGCAGUGGAGGUAAGUCUAAAGUCAGCCCUAAACCAGCGAAAACAGUAGGUCCAUAUCUGGAUACCCGGAAACGGGUAAGGGAAAGGUCAGAACAACCAGAAAAACCCAAAUCGCCCAAACGACGUAGAGCCACUAAGGGGGCUAAGACCCGACAGUAUUGUUUAUGCUUACAAUCCAACCCUAAAGGUUUGAUGGUCCAGUGCGACAGUUGCCGGGACUGGUUUCAUCACAGGUGUGUGGGUAUAAGUGAGGAUUAUGCUAAAUCAGUACCUCAAUAUACUUGCCCCGAAUUGCAGUCCCAUCAGUGUUAG